AAACUUGAAAAGGGGUGGCAGCGCCACUUCACUUCGCCGAGCGAAUUGGCAGUUGAUGUGGAGCGAAGCAAAAAGAGUUGAGCGAGUUUGUUUAUAAAAUUUGUAAAUAAUUAUUAUUUAUCAAAAGUGCCUUCAAUUAAUAAAUAGUGAAAUAAAGAACUGUUUAAAUUGCACAACAAGUUGAAACCAUGGUUGUAUUGAGCUCUUGUUGGUCCCCAAUUAUAUGGUCAAACAAUGUGCGAACUGGAAGCUACGCUGUGGCCGCCUAUACGGCUGCGCUCUCCGUGGUCAUGAUCACAUUGAUUUCCUAUAUGCUAGCUGGUGGCGAAUCGGGUCAAUUAUAUUCGCCAUUAUUUGAGACGGAUAUACGAACCUCCAUGCCCAUAGCUGGAGGAUUCUUUAUAAUCUACUUUGCCUUAAUUAUCGUAUCUUCAUAUCUGGUUUACUAUGGCAUAAAGAUUAAUACACGAGGCUGGCUUUUACCUUGGCUUUUCUUGAUUGGCCUGGCCAUAGCAUUUCAAUUUUGUUGGAGCUUGUGGCUAAUUGGUGGCUAUUACAUAUACUUGGAGCAGACAUUUUCGGCGCUUUUGAACUUUGUCUGGGUGGCCUACAAUAUUUAUUGCUGGCUAGUUGUAUUCUCGCAAUAUCAAAUCUUUUUGGCUUUACAGAAUCCAAACAUUGAACUCUUGAUGCCAUAAUAAUGAAAUAGUAAUUCCAAAUUAAAAUGCUUUUGGCAUUUCUCGAAUA